ACCCCGGGUUUUCUCUCUGCCCUCUGACUCUUUGGGACACAGGAAGUUGGUCUAUAACAACAACGGAAACUGAAUUUAUUCUAAAUAUGGAUUAAAAAUCGAAAGUGUUGUUAUUGUAUUUGGAGGCUCGGACUGUUGGAGUAUCUGAUUUAAGAGAUGAUGUCUAACACGGCGAGGAGUGGAGACAUCAUCCACCUGAAUGUCGGAGGGAAGAGGUUCAGCACGUCCCGACAGACGCUGACGUGGGUUCCUGACUCCUUUUUCUCCAGUCUUUUGAGCGGUCGCAUCUCGACUCUGAAGGAUGAAACUGGAGCGAUCUUCAUCGACAGAGACCCCUCACUGUUCGCCACCAUCCUCAACUUCCUGCGGACCAAAGAGCUGUACCCCCGCUCCAUCAACGUGCACAUGCUCAUGCACGAGGCCGAGUUUUACGGCAUCACGCCGCUGGUGCGUAAGCUGCAGCUGUGUGACGAGCUGGACCGAUCGUCCUGUGGAAAUGUGCUGUUUAAUGGCUACCUGCCUCCACCAGUGUACCCAGCGAAGCGUCGUAACCGUCACAGCGUGGCGGGGUCGCAGUUCAUGGCGGGUCGAAUCGUGCCUGCAGAGCGAGUGCCGGUGAGACGCAGCAACACGAUGCCCCCCAACCUGGGGAACUCUGGGAUACUGGGCAGAGCGAGCACCGAGGAGAGGACGCCUGGAGGUCAGUUAUCAGACACCGGCAUGGUUCGGAUCAUCUGCGGACACCACAACUGGAUCGCUGUGGCCUACGCACAGUUUGUCGUCUGCUACAGGGUGAAGGAGUCCACCGGCUGGCAGCAGGUCUUCACCUCUCCUCGUCUGGAUUGGGUGAUCGACCGAGUCGCGCUCAACGCCAAAGUGAUGGCCGGCUCGCUGGGAGACAACGACAAGAUGGUGGCCGUCGCCUCGGGGACGGAGAUCAUCCUGUGGGCGAUCUGCCCGGAUGGCAACGGGAAUGAAAUCGGUGUUUUCAGUCUAAACGUGCCGGUGGAGGCCCUCUUCUUCGUUGGUAACCAGCUGAUCGCCACCAGCCACACGGGGAAGGUCGGGGUUUGGAACGCCGUCACCAAACACUGGCAGAAUCAGGACGUUGUUCCCAUCAGCAGCUACGACACGGCCGGCUCCUUCCUCAUCCUGGGCUGUAACAACGGCUCAAUUUAUUAUAUAGAUGUGCAGAAGUUUCCUCUGAGGAUGAAGGAUAACGACCUGCUGGUGACCGAGCUGUACAGAGACCCGACUGAAGACGCCAUCACGGCCCUCAGUGUUUACCUCACCCCCAAAACCAGUGACAGCGGGAACUGGAUCGAGAUCGCGUACGGGACGAGCUCGGGAUCGGUUCGAGUCAUCGUUCAGCAUCCGGAGACGGUCGGCUCGGGGCCACAGCUCUUCCAGACCUUCUCCGUCCACCGCAGCCCGGUCACCAAGAUCAUGCUGUCUGAGAAACACCUGAUCUCAGUUUGUGCCGACAACAACCACGUGCGGACUUGGACGGUGACGCGGUUCAGAGGGAUGAUCUCCACUCAGCCGGGAUCCACGCCGCUCACUUCCUUUAAGAUCCUCAGCCUGGACGACGUGGACGGACACGGAGGCUGCAGCGCCGGGACAGAGAUCGGUCCGUAUGGAGAGAGAGACGACCAGCAGGUGUUCAUCCAGAGAGUCGUACCUGACACCGACAAACUCUACGUCCGACUGUCGUCCAACGGAAAGAGGGUGUGUGAGGUGCGGUCAGUGGAUGGGACCUCCAUCACGGCCUUCAUGGUCCACGAGUGCGAGGGCUCGAGUCGCAUCGGCUCUCGACCGCGGCGUUACCUCUUCAGUGGCCACGGCAACGGCAGCAUCCAGAUGUGGGACCUGACGACCGCCAUGGAGAUCGCCGGGAAAGUCGACAUCAGAGCGCUGGGCGGGCCUACAGAGGAGGAGCUGCUGGAGCUUUUGGACCAGUGUGACCUGGCGCUCACCAGAACACCUGACAGCACACCGAGAGCCUCCACCUGCAGUCUUCACUCUCAGCUCAGCGACGCCUUCAGGUCGGAGCGUCUCCACUCAUCGGGGGGACGAGGAGGAGGCGGAGCUUCUGGUUCUUCUGCCUCCCUGUGUGGCAGCCUCCCCCGACACGCCCCGCCCCCUGUGCCACUCGCCAAACCACACAGAGACUCCGCUUUAUCACCUGGACCUGGACCCGGCGCUGGGGCUCAAAAUCUCGCCUUCCCCGGCCCCGCCUUCACCCACAACCCCUCGUCCAGUCCCCGCCCCCACAGACACCUGGACAGAGAGUGGGGGUCUGUACGCAGGGGGAGCUUCGUGGAGCGUUGUCAGGAGCUGGCGAAGGGUUCAGAGGCAGUGGGCGGGUCUGGUUUUGGGGUCCCAGCGGGGUCAGAGGGCGUCAGGCGGAGUUUAGCAGUUUGCACCGAGCUAGAGGCCAGAUUUGGCCUCAGGACACCGACCACCUUUUCUGUGACGCCCGGUGCACGCCACUCUCUCGGAACACCGUCAUCAACAUCAUCCUCGUCUUCAUCCCAACGCAGGACCACGCCCACUUCCCCAACAAGCCCCGCCCCACCUCCCCCUCCCCCUCCUCCUCCUCCAGCGGUGAGCCCGACUCGCUCUCAGGCUCCCGUCUCACCCCGUCGCAGCGCCGCGCCAUCUCCUCUGACGUCGCCUGUGACCUCGCCUGCUGAUGUCACGACGUCCCCAGAGAACCCGGCGAGUCCAGACAGCGCCUCCACGGCCCCGCCCACUGCCACGCCCACCAGCCCCAAACCACACAUGAACGAGACCAGCUUCUGAUUGGCUGUUCAGACCGAGACUCUGCAGCCAAUGAGUGAAAUGAAGCGAUUUGACGCUCGCAGAGACACGACCAUGAGUCUAACAGCCAAUCAGCUGUCCAAUACAGUCCUGUUGCCAUAGCAAUGAAAUGCUGCUGACUUCCUGUUAACAAGAUCACAACUUAAUAAUGUGAGGAGGUCAAGUUUCCAAAGGCCUCAUUAAUCGAUUCUUUUCCAUAAUGACUCGUUUUAUUGUGAAAGGGCUUACUCAUAGUUCUGACCAUUUAUCAAGUCCCGCCCCUUUCAACCUAACCUGUCAAUCAUCCUGUUCUCACACAGUUUACAGUAAAAUCAUCAGAUUUAUGAAACUUCUACUGAAGUCUUGAUUUUCAGAGCGAUGUUUCCUGUGAUUGUGUUUUUAAAUAAGCACCUUUAGGCAACUCGCAUGUUAUCAUGCUAACAGGCUGAGGCUAAAGCUAACAGGUCAGAGGUCAAGAUGUAUAUGACUUAAGCCCGGUGUACACUGUACGAUUGUUAAAAGGUCACUUUACGACUCAAACACACACACACACUCACUCAGCAGACACAUCAAACAGGCAUGCAUGCUGUUGCCAUGAUUUCAGACGCCAUCUGUCACUUUUUGUCCAGGCGUGCGUGUGUGUGUGCGUGCGUGCGUGUGUGUGUGUGCAGUCGUACAACUAAAAACGUGCAAACAUGCCAGAGAAUCAUCCGAUUGGUCGAGAGCAGCUGAUCCGCCCUGUGAUUGGCCGUUGUGCCUCAAGUCUACACUGCACGACUAAUGACUCGUGAAGUCAGCCCGACUUCAAAAUGAGUCAAAGUUGUUUUAGAGUGAUACUCAUCAUGUUGGACGUGUUGGCUUUAGAUUCAGGAUUACAUCAUGUCGCUGAACUUGACUCGCUAAAAUGUAAGAAACACAGCCGGGAACAAGUUUUCACCAAAGUCAACAGUUGAAGCAUCAUUGUUAGCUUAGCUUAGCUAGCAGUAGGUAGUAAAACCAGCUGACUAGAGUCUUCUUUUUAUAGAAGCUCUAAGCCCGAGAACGACUACAUGGCGUUUGUUUUCGUUAGAUCUUGACUUAUUUAUUAUUAUAUGUUCUCUGUGACAGCGAGUUAUUUCAGCCGUCUUCUCGAGGUCUCAAAACAUUAACUCGUUAUCGAGGGAGAGCUUAGGACGCUUUGGGGCUUCGGUGCUUUUCAAGUGACAAAAUCAACAAACCGGUUUUAUUGUCUUCUGCCUGAAAUAAAGGACUCAUUUUUAAAAAAUGAAGUUUGAUCAUAAAUCUGUUUUUAUCACUGAAAACUCCAGAACAGAGAUGAAAGGGUUAACAACAUUAACAAUCAUGGUUUCAUGAACGGUCAGUCGUCCUGAUCUCUGAAGGUCUGCAGAGAUUUUUAAAACUCUGUUUUCUCAGCUCGUUUUCCUUCCUGUUCCAGUCUCAGAGGUUUUUCAGAAUAAAAGCUGAUUGUGUUUCAAGCAGCGAGCGACUGGUCGGUAAACGAGGUGGAGCGUUCAGCAGCUGAAGGGACGGAUCGGGAGGUGGUGGAGACCAAAAACGGAGCUUAAAGGAGAACGAUUAUUAGACAGCUCUCCCAAUGGGAUCAUGUUUCUGUGUUGAUGUUCUGCUGCCCCCUAGUGGCAGGACAUCAGUCACUGCAGCUUUAACUGAGAUGUUUUUGUACAUGUUAAUCACCAGCAGAGAAAACGUUUUUGUUUAUGUUGAAUUGAGUUUCUAAACUUUUAUAAAAAACUGUUUGUAUUAAAAAGUUUGUACUAAAGCCUUGUUUGAAUUUUUAUGUUUGAGUUCGGACACAAGAAAAUUGUUGUCUUCAGUCUGAUUUGCUGCACGAAUUGUCUGAGCCAAUCAGGUUUCAGCUCUGCUUUUAUUCUUUAACAUACAGUAUGUCAAGUUUCAUAACAAUAUUUACAUUAAAAUAUCCAAAUUAAUAAAAAAUGGACUAAACCUGUGA